GCCGAGCGGGCCCCGGGGGUACCCUGCGGCCGCUCCGCGCCGGGUACGAGCUGGAAAACAAAGGGGCGAAGAAGUGCCUAAAACUGCCCCGGCCGCGGCCCGGCCCCGCCGCCGCCCGGCCCCGGAGCGGCCUUGCCAGCCAGAGUAAUUAUGAUUUUUGUUUUCCGCGGGCAGGCUCAAUUUUGGGAAGAAUGCGGCUAGGGGGAUGGGAGAGGUGAAGCUGCAAACGCUACUGUAGGCCGAUCCCCCCCCACACUUCUCAGUUUCAGUUUUUAAUUACUUAAUGCUGAAUAGCACGGCGCUUAUCUAAAUAUUUGCAAAUGCUCUUUCCUAUUGAUUCCUUUGAAUAAACUGUACUCUUCGCCAGCGGAGGGAAGGCGGUUCACGCUCUCCUGAAACUAACCCUCCGGAGGAGAGUGUCUAUUUGCGUGGGGGACACGUCUGUGUGUCUGGGUAGAUACGCGUAUGUCCAAGCCGUACCGGGUGCAAUGAGUGCUCCGUGCCGGCCCUGCCAUGGAAGGCUGUGACUCGCCCGUCAUCCCCGGGAAGGACAAUGGGUGUGGCAUCCCUCAGCACCAGCAAUGGACUGAUAUCAACAGUGCCCACCUCCCUGACACUGCCGGCAGUAUGGAGCAGCCCGCGGCGGAGAGUCGCGGCCCCCUGGACAGCCUGAGGGUCCCUUUCCCCGAGCGCAUCCCCGAGAGCAGCGCGGCGGCCAGCCCCAGUCCCGAGCCCACCAGCAAGGAGGUGAGCUGCGGGCAGUGCGCUGCCUCCUUCCCUGGCCUGCAGAGCUACAUGGAGCACCGCUGCGCCGGUACCCGCCCGCCCCUGCCGCUGCGGGGGGAGAGCGGGAGCGAGAGCAGUGAGGACGGGGAGGAGGAGAGCGACGUGGAGAACCUGGCUGGUGAGAUCGUCUACCAGCCAGAUGGCUCAGCCUACAUCGUGGAGAGCCUCAGCCAGCUGGUGCAGAGCGGGGCCGCUGGCGGCAGCGGCAGCGGGGCUCUCCCCUCGCUGCUCCCGAACUCUCUGCCCAAGCAGGGAGAGCCCUCCGCCACUGCUCCCGUCUACCCACAGAUCAUCAACACCUUCCACAUAGCCUCAUCCUUCGGGAAGUGGUUUGAGGGCUCAGACCAGACCUUCCCGAAUACCUCAGCCCUGGCGGGCAUCAGCCCCGUCCUGCACAGCUUCCGCGUCUUCGAUGUGCGACACAAAAGCAACAAGGAUUACCUGAACAGCGACGGUUCUGCCAAAAGCUCCUGCGUAUCCAAAGAUGUUCCCAACAAUGUGGACCUGUCCAAAUUUGAUGGCUUUGUGCUCUACGGGAAGAGGAAGCCCAUCCUGAUGUGUUUCUUGUGCAAGCUCUCCUUUGGGUAUGUCCGCUCGUUCGUGACCCAUGCGGUGCACGACCACCGAAUGACUCUGAGUGAGGAGGAGCGGAAAAUUCUUAGCAAUAAGAACAUCUCCGCUAUCAUCCAAGGGAUAGGCAAAGACAAGGAACCCCUUGUCAGCUUUCUGGAACCAAAAAACAAAACCUUUCAGCACCCUCUCGUUUCCACAGCUAACCUCAUAGGCCCUGGACACAGUUUUUAUGGUAAAUUCAGUGGCAUUCGCAUGGAAGGCGAGCAGGCCCUCCAGGCUGGGGCGGCCAGUGCAGCAGAGCCACCGCCAGCAAGUGUCCUGGCCCCUGGCACGCUCCUCAACCUUGGCGGGCUGACCAGCUCAGCUCUGAAGACUCCCAUUACCUCAGUCCCCCUGGGCCCACUGACUUCCAGUCCCACCAAAUCCUCAGAGGGGAAGGACCCUGGGGUGGCAGAGGGGGAGAAGCAAGAGGGAGGUGACCAGGACAGCCUCUCAGAAAAGGCAGAGCCAAUCGAGGAGGUGGAGGAGGAGGAGGAGGAAGAGGAUGUGGAGGAGGAGGAAGAGGAAGAGGAGGAAGAGGAAGAAGAUGAGGAUGAUGAGGGUUGCAAAGGACUGUUUCCAAGUGAGUUGGAGGACGAACUGGAGGACCGGCCCCAGGAGGAUGCUGGGGCUGUGGCAGGUGGUGGCAGCAGCAAAAAGGACCUUGCUCUCUCAAACCAAAGCAUUUCUAACUCUCCCUUAAUGCCUAACGUGCUCCAGACCCUGUCGCGGGGCACAGCUUCUACUAGUUCUAAUUCUGCUUCUUCCUUUGUCUUUGAUGGUGCAAACAGGAGGAAUCACUUAAGCUUUAACAAUGAGGGUGGCGGAGCCAGCGUGGCAGAGGGCAGCAGGAGGCUGGACUUUAUCGAUGAAAGUGCCAAUAAAGACAAUGCCACAGCACCAGAACCAAAUGAGAGCACAGAGGGUGAGGACGGGAGCUACAUCUCCCAUCACCAGCACGCUGGCCCCCUCUGUGAACUUGGGGGUGGGGAAUGCCCCUCGGGGAGCGGUGUGGAAUGCCCAAAGUGCGACACAGUCCUGGGCUCCUCACGGUCGCUGGGUGGCCACAUGACUAUGAUGCAUUCUCGCAACUCUUGUAAGACACUCAAGUGUCCCAAGUGCAAUUGGCACUACAAGUACCAGCAGACGCUUGAGGCACACAUGAAGGAGAAACAUCCCGAGCCAGGUGGCUCCUGCGUCUACUGCAAAAGUGGGCAGCCACACCCGCGGCUGGCACGGGGUGAGAGCUACACCUGUGGUUACAAGCCCUUCCGCUGCGAGGUUUGUAACUACUCCACUACUACCAAAGGCAACCUCAGUAUUCAUAUGCAGUCCGACAAGCAUCUCAACAACAUGCAAAACCUGCAGAAUGGAGGGGGAGAGCAAGUCUUCAGCCACACUGCCGGGGCAGCAGCAGCGGCUGCGGCAGCUGCGGCGGCUGCAGCAGCCAACAUCGGUAGCACCUGUGGGGCUCCCUCCCCCACCAAACCAAAAACCAAACCUACGUGGCGGUGCGAGGUAUGUGACUAUGAAACCAACGUAGCUAGGAACCUUCGUAUCCACAUGACCAGCGAGAAGCACAUGCACAAUAUGAUGCUGCUUCAGCAAAAUAUGUCCCAAAUCCAACACAACCGGCACUUGGGUCUCGGCAGCCUGCCAUCCCCUGCUGAGGCCGAGCUCUACCAGUAUUACCUGGCACAGAACAUGAACCUUCCCAACUUGAAGAUGGACAGCACUUCCUCAGAUACGCAGUUCAUGAUGGGUGGAUUCCAGCUUGAUCCCACCAAUCCCAUGGCAACAAUGGCUCCAUCUCUAGUGGGUGGAGAGAUCCCCCUGGACAUGCGGUUAGGUGGUGGACAGCUGGUGUCUGAGGAGCUAAUGAACUUGGGUGAGAGUUUCACGCAAACAAAUGACCCAUCGCUGAAGCUUUUCCAGUGUGCUGUGUGCAACAAGUUCACAACAGAUAAUUUGGACAUGCUGGGCCUCCACAUGAACGUGGAGCGCAGCCUCCCUGAAGACGAGUGGAAGGCAGUGAUGGGAGACUCCUACCAGUGCAAGUUGUGCCGCUACAACACGCAGCUCAAGGCGAACUUCCAGCUCCACUGUAAGACAGACAAGCACGUGCAGAAAUACCAGCUGGUGGCACAUAUCAAGGAGGGUGGCAAGGCCAAUGAGUGGAGGCUGAAAUGUGUGGCCAUUGGGAACCCAGUACAUCUGAAAUGCAAUGCGUGUGACUACUACACCAACAGUCUGGAGAAGCUGCGUCUGCACACAGUGAACUCAAGACACGAGGCCAGCCUGAAGCUCUAUAAGCACCUUCAGCAUCAUGAGAGCGGGGUUGAGGGUGAAAGCUGCUAUUAUCACUGUGUCCUCUGUAACUACUCCACCAAGGCCAAGCUGAACCUGAUCCAGCACGUGCGCUCCAUGAAACACCAGCGGAGUGAAAGCCUACGUAAGCUGCAGCGGCUCCAGAAAGGGCUCCCUGAAGAAGAGGAGGACCUGGGACAGAUCUUCACCAUCCGCAAGUGUCCAGCUGCUGAGGCUGAAGAACCCACUGAAGAUGUGGAAGGGCCCAAUGAAACAGCUGGUGAUGUUGAAGAGCCUGCCAAAGAGCCAGAAAGUGGAGGGGACAAGGACCAGAGUAAAUGGACAGCUCCAGCCAGCCAGGCAGAGAAGGAGCUGACAGAGCCUCCAGCAUCCUCUAAACGAGUAUCGUUUCCCAGCAGCUCUGAGUCACCUCUCUCCUUUAAAUGGUCAAAAACUUCAGAGGAGACCAAAUCAGAGCAGAUGUAUCAGUGUCCAUAUUGCAAGUACAGUAACACAGACGUGAACCGGCUGCGGGUGCACGCCAUGACCCAGCACUCAGUGCAGCCCAUGCUCCGCUGCCCACUCUGCCAGGACAUGCUGAACAACAAGAUCCAUCUGCAGCUGCACCUCACCCAUCUGCACAGUGUGUCGCCUGACUGUGUCGAGAAGCUCAUCAUGACGGUGACAACACCUGAGGUAAUGAUGCCCAGCAGCAUGUUUCUCCCAGCAGCCACUCCAGAGAAGGAUGGGAACUCUGCCACAGAGGAGCUGGUGAAGCAGCCUGAGAUCUCUGAGGAUUCAGGCAAGAGUCUUUUACCAUCAGAAAGUGCAGAGCACAGCGGAGAUCCCAAGCCCGUUCCAUCUGACCAGAGCUCUGCCAGGGAGGACUCAGGCUUCCUCUGCUGGAAGAAGGGCUGCAACCAGGUGUUCAAGAGCUCAGCAGCCCUGCAGACACACUUCAACGAGGUUCAUGCGAAGCGGCCUCAACUGCCGGUGUCCGAUCGCCACGUCUACAAGUACCGUUGCAACCAGUGCAGCCUGGCCUUCAAAACCAUCGAGAAGCUGCAGCUCCAUUCCCAGUACCAUGUCAUCCGGGCAGCCACGAUGUGCUGCCUUUGCCAGCGCAGCUUCCGAACUUUCCAGGCCCUGAAGAAGCACCUGGAAACCAGCCAUCUGGAGCUUAGCGAGGCCGACAUUCAACAGCUCUAUGGUGGUCUCUUGGUCAAUGGUGACCUCCUCGCUAUGGGUGAUCCUUCACUUGCAGAAGACCACACUAUAAUAGUUGAGGAAGAUAAGGAGGAGGAGAGUGACUUGGAAGACAAGCAGAGCCCGACAGGUAGCGAUUCAGGGUCAGUGCAAGAGGAUUCUGGCUCAGAACCAAAAAGGGCUUUACCCUUCCGGAAGGGCCCUAACUUCACUAUGGAGAAAUUCCUGGAUCCGUCUCGCCCUUACAAGUGCACAGUCUGCAAGGAGUCUUUCACACAAAAGAACAUUCUCCUGGUUCAUUACAAUUCAGUUUCUCAUCUACAUAAGCUGAAAAGAGCCCUCCAAGAGUCUGCUACUGGGCAGCCCGAACCCACCAGCAGCCCUGACAACAAACCUUUUAAGUGCAACACCUGCAACGUGGCCUACAGUCAGAGCUCAACACUGGAGAUCCACAUGAGGUCCGUCCUGCACCAAACCAAGGCUCGCGCGGCCAAGCUGGAGGCAGCUGGGGGCAGUGGCAGUAGCAAUGGGGCUGGCAACAGCAGCAACAGCAGUCUCUCCUUGGGCUCUUCCACACCCAGCCCCAUCAGCACUACCAGCAGUAAUACCUUUACAACCACCAACACCAGUAAUUCGGGCACGACUCCCAUUCCCAGCUUGCUCAAUCAGGUAUCCAGUGACAGCAUGGGAAUCCCUCCUCUCGGUAACCCUGCAAGCACUACUAACAUCUCCUCCUCUUCAGAGCCCAAAGAGGUGAACCGAAAGAAGCUGGCAGACAUGAUUGCAUCCAGGCAGCAGCAGCAGCAGCAGCAGCAGCAGCAAGCUCAAACCUUGGCACAGGCACAGGCCCAAGUCCAGGCCCACCUGCAGCAAGAGCUGCAGCAGCAAGCUGCACUCCUGCAGUCUCAGCUGUUCAACCCAGCCCUUUUGCCACACUUCCCGAUGACCACUGAGACCCUUCUGCAGCUACAGCAACAGCAGCAUCUUCUGUUUCCUUUCUACAUCCCCAGUGCUGAGUUCCAGCUCAACCCAGAGGUCAGUCUGCCUGUCACCAGUGGGGCACUGACAUUGACUGGUACAGGUCCAAGUUUGCUGGAGGACCUGAAGGCUCAAGUUCAGCUCCCUCAACAGAGCCAUCCACAGCUCUUACAGCAGCAGCAAGGUCAGCUGUCCUUGUCACAACCUCACUCCGUCCUUAUACAGCAGAGCCAGCACCCUGAAAAGAAGAAUAAAUCCCUAGUGAAGGAGAAAGAAAAAGAAACACCACGUGAAAGGGAAGGUGCAGAGAGGGGAGACAAUAAUGUAGCAUCUAAGGAGUCUCUGCCUGAUAACUUGAAGCCCAAAGAGAAGAAGGACUUUGUGCCAGGCAGUAGUUCAGAGCCCUCCUUGCUGCCUCCGCGUAUCGCCUCUGAUGCAAGGGGGAAUGCCACCAAAGCCUUGCUGGAAAACUUUGGCUUUGAGCUGGUCAUUCAGUAUAACGAGAACAAGCAGAAGGUGCAGAAGAAAAAUGGGAAGACUGAGCAAGGUGAGAACUUGGAAAAGCUUGAGUGUGAUACAUGUGGCAAGUUCUUUUCAAACAUCCUCAUCCUGAAGAGCCAUCAGGAGCAUGUCCACCAACAUUAUUUUCCCUUUAAGCAGUUAGAGAGAUUUGCCAAACAAUACAGAGAACACUAUGACAAAUUGUACCCUCUGCGGCCUCAGACCCCAGAGCCACCACCGCCACCGCCACCACCUCCACCUCCUCUCCCUCCAGCCCCUCCCCAGCCAGCUUCUACCCCUACCAUUCCUACUUCUGCGCCAAUUACCUCUCCCACGAUCGCACCAGCCCAGCCGUCUGUGCCACUCACCCAGCUCUCCAUGCCAAUGGAGCUCCCCAUCUUUUCACCACUUAUGAUGCAAACCAUGCCACUACAAACAUUACCUGCUCAGCUGCCACCCCAGCUUGGUCCUGUAGACCCUCUGCCCGCCGACUUAGCCCAAUUGUACCAGCAUCAGCUCAACCCUAGCCUUCUCCAGCAGCAGCAGAACAAGAGACCACGGACACGAAUCACUGAUGACCAGCUCAGAGUCCUUCGGCAGUAUUUUGAUAUUAACAAUUCCCCCAGUGAGGAGCAGAUCAAAGAGAUGGCAGACAAGUCUGGAUUGCCCCAGAAAGUGAUCAAGCACUGGUUCAGAAACACUCUUUUCAAAGAACGCCAGCGCAACAAGGAUUCCCCAUACAACUUCAGUAAUCCUCCCAUUACCAGCCUGGAAGAACUGAAGAUAGACUCACGGCCUCCUUCUCCAGAACCUCAAAAGCAGGAGUACUGGGGAAGCAAGCGAUCCUCCCGGACACGCUUUACUGACUACCAACUCAGAGUUCUGCAGGACUUCUUUGAUGCCAAUGCUUAUCCAAAGGAUGAUGAAUUCGAGCAGCUUUCUAAUUUGCUGAACCUACCAACACGUGUUAUAGUGGUGUGGUUUCAGAAUGCCCGUCAAAAAGCUAGGAAAAACUAUGAGAAUCAGGGAGAAGGCAAAGACGGGGAACGACGGGAGCUUACGAAUGACAGGUACAUUAGAACAAGCAACUUGAACUACCAAUGCAAAAAGUGCAGCCUAGUCUUUCAGCGCAUUUUUGAUCUCAUUAAACACCAGAAAAAGCUCUGUUACAAAGAUGAGGAUGAGGAUGGACAGGAUGACAGCCAGAAUGAAGACUCUAUGGAUGCAAUGGAGCUCUUGACUCCAACCAGUUCCUCCUGCAGCACACCAAUGCCCUCACAAGCUUACAGCACACCUACGUCUUCAGCCAAUGCAACCUCCUCAGCUUUUCUGCAGCUCACAGCAGAGGCAGACGAUUCCUCCACCUAUAGUUCUAAAAUAGAAGCUACAGAUGAGAAACCAAAGCAGUCUGAACCUCCAAGUACACAGCAAAACCAAACCCAAGAGAAGCAAGUGCAACCAAAGCAAGAGUCUCAGCAGCAACAGGACCAAGGAGAACAAAAGACAAAUUCAGCACACCAAAAGAUUUCACAGUUAUCCUCCCCCUCUUCAUUGCAACAGCCACCUCCCCCUCCUCAGCCCCCGCAGUGCUCCUUGUCACAGUCAAGCCCGAGUCCAUCUCAGCUCUCACAUCUCUCCCUCAAACCCAUUCACACGUCCACCCCUCAACAGCUGGCAAACCUACCUCCUCAGCUAAUCCCAUACCAGUGUGACCAGUGUAAACUGGCUUUUCCUUCCUUUGAGCACUGGCAGGAGCAUCAGCAGCUUCAUUUUCUGAGUGCGCAGAACCAGUUUAUCCACCCCCCAUUCCUGGACAGAACACUGGAUAUGCCGUUCAUGCUUUUUGAUCCCAGUAAUCCACUACUCACCAGCCAGCUGCUAUCUGGAACGUUACCACAAAUUCCAGCAAGCUCAGCCACUUCACCGUCAACUCCAACAUCCACAAUGAACACAUUGAAGAGAAAGCUGGAGGAAAAGGCCAGUGCAAGCCCUGGAGAAAAUGACAGUGGGACCGGAGGAGAAGAGCCACAAAGGGAUAAGCGUCUAAGGACAACCAUUACCCCAGAGCAGCUGGAAAUUCUUUAUCAGAAAUACUUGCUCGACUCCAACCCAACACGGAAAAUGCUGGAUCACAUUGCACAUGAAGUGGGCUUGAAGAAACGCGUGGUGCAGGUUUGGUUUCAGAACACCCGUGCACGGGAAAGGAAGGGGCAGUUCAGAGCUGUAGGGCCUGCCCAAGCCCACAGACGGUGUCCGUUCUGCCGAGCUCUCUUUAAAGCAAAGACAGCUCUUGAAGCUCAUAUCCGGUCCCGUCACUGGCAUGAGGCCAAGAGAGCUGGGUACAACUUGACAUUGUCUGCAAUGCUCUUAGAUUGUGAUGGGGGACUCCAGAUGAAGGGAGACAUCUUUGAUGGAGCAAGCUUUUCCCACAUGCCACCAGCUAGCAGUGAUGGACAGAGUGUUCCUCUCUCCCCGGUGAACAAGAGCAUGGAACUGUCACCUCGAACUCUGCUGAGUCCAUCCUCCAUUAAAGUGGAAGGGAUAGAAGACUUCGAGAGUCCCUCCAUGUCUUCAGUCAAUCUGAGCUUUGACCAAACAAAGUUGGACAAUGAUGACUGCUCUUCUGUCAACACUGCAAUCACAGACACUACAACAGGAGACGAAGGGAAUGCAGACAAUGAUAGUGCAACAGGGAUUGCAACAGAAACCAAAUCAGCAUCAGGACCCAGUGAAGGUCUGACAAAAGCUGCCAUGAUAGCAAUAUCUGAAUAUGAAGAUCGGCUGUCUUCUGGCCUGGUCAGCCCAGCUCCCAGCUUUUACAGCAAAGAGUAUGAUAAUGAAGGUACUGUGGACUACAGUGAAACAUCCAGCCUUGCAGACCCCUGCUCACCCAGCCCUGGUGCAAGUGGUUCAGCCAGCAAGUCUGGAGAGAGCGGGGAUCGGCCUGGACAGAAACGCUUUCGCACUCAGAUGACUAAUCUCCAGCUAAAAGUUCUUAAGUCAUGCUUUAAUGACUACAGGACACCUACCAUGCUGGAGUGUGAGGUCCUGGGCAAUGACAUUGGACUGCCAAAGAGAGUUGUUCAGGUCUGGUUCCAGAAUGCUAGAGCAAAGGAGAAGAAGUCCAAACUCAGCAUGGCCAAGCAUUUUGGUAUAAACCAAACAAGUUAUGAGGGACCCAAAACAGAGUGCACUUUGUGUGGCAUCAAGUACAGCGCUCGACUGUCUGUACGUGACCAUAUCUUCUCUCAACAGCAUAUCUCCAAAGUUAAAGAAACCAUUGGAAGCCAGCUGGAUAAGGAAAAGGAGUAUUUUGACCCAGCUACUGUACGUCAGUUGAUGGCUCAGCAGGAGCUGGACCGGAUCAAAAAAGCCAACGAGGUUCUCGGUCUGGCAGCUCAACAGCAGGGCAUGUUUGAAAAUGCCCCCCUGCAAACUCUUAACCUUCCUGCUGCAUACCCAGCACUACAGGGCAUCCCUCCAGUCUUGCUCCCAGGCCUCAACAGCCCAUCCUUACCAGGCUUCACUCCAUCCAACACAGCUUUAACUUCUCCCAAACCCAACCUGAUGGGCCUGCCCAGCACAAGCGUCCCUUCGCCCGGCCUCCCCACUUCUGGAUUACCAAAUAAGCAGCCCCCGGCUGCCCUGAGCUCACCCACCCCGGCACAAGCCACAGCGGCCGUGGCUCCGCAGCAGCCGCCAGCAACCACCCCUCAGCCACAGCCGCAGCAGCCGCCCCCACCGCAGCGCAAGGAGAAGGAGGGCGAGAAGGCAAAAGAGAAGGAGAAGGCAGCCAAGGGAAAGGGGGACCCGCUGCCAGGGCCCAAGAAGGAGAAGGGGGAGGCACCGGCGGGCACGCUGGUAGCCCCACUGCCUACCAUGGAGUAUGCAGUGGAGCCCGCCCAGCUCCAGGCACUGCAGGCCGCCCUCAGUUCCGACCCUACCACCUUGCUGACGAGCCAGUUCCUCCCCUACUUCGUCCCUGGCUUUUCCCCCUACUACGCCCCGCAGAUCCCUGGCGCCCUGCAGAGCGGGUACCUGCAGCCCAUGUAUGGGAUGGAGGGGCUCUUCCCCUACAGCCCUGCGCUGUCGCAGGCACUGCUGGGGCUGUCCCCUGGCUCCCUGCUGCAGCAGUACCAGCAAUACCAGCAGAGUCUGCAGGAGGCAUUGCAGCAGCAGCAGCAGCGGCAGGCGCAGCAGCAGCAGCAGCAGCAGCAGAAAGUGCAGCAGCCCAAAGGAAGCCAAAACCCCGUCCCUGCAGGGGCUGCCACCCCGGACAAAGACCCUGCCAAAGAACCCCCCAAGCAAGAAGAGCAGAAGAAUGCACCCCGCGAGGUGUCCCCCCUCCUGCCCAAACCCCAAGAAGAGCCCGAAGCGGAAGGCAAGGGUGCGGACUCCCUCUGCGACCCCUUCAUCGUCCCAAAGGUGCAGUACAAGCUGGUCUGCCGCAAGUGCCAGGCGGGCUUCGGCGACCAGGAGGCGGCCAGCGACCACCUGAAGUCCCUCUGCUUCUUCGGCCAGUCCAUGGCGAACCUGCAAGAGAUGGUGCUUCACGUGCCCACCGGCAGCGGCCAGGGCAGCGGCUCGUACCAGUGCGUGGCGUGCGAGAGCACGGUGUGUGGGGACGAAGCCCUCAGUCAGCAUCUCGAGUCAGCCCCGCACAAACACCGAACAAUCACAAGAGCAGCAAGAAACGCCAAAGAGCACCCCAGUCUAUUACCUCACUCUGCCUGCCCCCCCGACCCCAGCACCGCAUCUACCUCGCAGUCGGCCGCUCACUCAAACGACAGCCCCCCGCCCCCCCAGCCCCCCCCGGCUUCCCCCCACGCCUCCAGAAAGCCCUGGCCCCCGGCAGCUCCCCGCGCCCCACCGGGGAAGCCGCCGCCGCCGCCUUUCCCUCCUCUCUCCUCAUCUUCAACGGUUACCUCAAGUUCAUGCAGCACCUCAGGGGUUCAGCCCUCGAUGCCAACAGACGACUAUUCGGAGGAGUCUGACACGGAUCUUAGCCAAAAGUCAGAUGGACCGGCGAGCCCGGCGGAGGGGCCCCGGGACCCCGGCUGCCCUAAGGACAGUGGUCUAGCUAGCGUAGGAAUGGACACCUUCAGAUUGUAAGCUUUGAAGAUGAACAAUGAAAAUGAAUUUAAAUAAAUAAAAAAAAGUUAAUAACAAACCAAUUUCAAAAAUAGACUAACUGCAAUUCCAAAGCUUCUAACCAAAAAAAGAAAAAAGAAAAAAGAAAAAGCGUGGGUUGUUUUCCCAUAUAACGAUGCCGGUGGGUUUUACAUUUCUUUUUUCCUUUCCUUUUAAUAAAAUAAAACUUUUUAAAAAGAAAAAAAAAAUCUGUUACAUUUGUCCUUUUGAAGGUACUGUUGGUCUGGGAGACGAGAGCCCGUGCUGCCUCCUUACUGUCUUCGGAGCUUGAGCCCCUUGUAUAUUGCCCCUUUUCAAUAACGCCCCACGUCGAUAGCACAGCAGAGGCCGGCAUGCACUGUAUGGGAAAGCAGCCCACCUUGUUACAGUUUUAAAUUUCUUGCUAUCUUAGCAUUCAGAUACCAAUGGCUUGCUAAAAGAAAAAAGAAAUGUAAUGUCUUUUUAUUCUCAGGUCAAUCGCUCACACUUUGUUCUGUUUUCAGAAUCAUUGUUUUAGAUAUAUAUAUAUAUAUAUAAUUUCUUUUGUUUGUUUUGGGGUUUUUGUUUCAUUUUGGUUUUGUUCCAGAAAAGGAUUUUUUUCUUUUUUUUUUUCUUUUUAUUCUUUUUUGUUAAUUUAAAAUGGGCAGAAAGUAUUCAAGAGAAAAAAACAAUGUGAACUGCUUUAGCUUUUCGGGGAUUUUAAGGGUAGCUUUUCUGCUGAAGCCAAUUUCAAGGGGAAAAGUUAAGCACUCCCACUUUUCAGAAAAAAAAAAAACAAAACAACCCACACAAAGAGUGUUGAGGACUUGGAGCUUAAAAAAUAAGUUUUAAAACAACUGACUUUCUGUAUUUAUGAUAGAUAUGACCAUUUUUGGUGUUGAGUAGAUUGUUGCAUUGGAAAUGAACUGAAGCAGUAUGGUAGAUUUAAAAGAAAAAACCCUUUUGUGUACAUUUAGCUUUUGUAUGGUCCAGCUGACGGCUUCUCAUUUGAUGUUGUCUUGUUCAUUCCUAGCCAGAUAGAUUGCAAUCCAUUGACUCACCUAAGCUUUUCUCCCCUUUGUACCUUUACUUCCCAUUCCCCCAUCCUGUAAUCUUCCACUUAUGGUCACUACCUUCAUUUCUUAGAGGGUGGUUGCGUAAUUAUUUUAUAAAAACUAAAGAAAGAAGUUCAAAGGGUUUUGGGGGGUCAGUAGGAUCCCUUGCAGAAUAUUUUUUGUUGGGGGUUUGAAACUUUUUAAGGCAUAUACAUACAAUUUACCUAUGUCUGUUACCCUUGUGCACUUAUCUCUUUCUUAUUUUCCAUUUUUCCUUUUUUUUUUCUCCCCCUCUUCUUUUCCUCAUUUUGUAAAUGCUUCAAAGACUCUGUUCCUAAACUAUAAGCAUUUGUUUCUGUUUGUGUAAUUAGGCUGCACUCUGUUCCUUCUUUAAAAAAAAAAAAAAAAAAAAAAAAAAGUUUUUGUUACAUUUUUUUUCUCUAAAGAAAAUUCAUGCUUUAAAUAAAAUCCAAAGACAUACCCUUUCACCACUGGUGCAGAAUGAGCAAAAAGGAUUCUUUUUACUUGAGAAUUUGUUUCUGAUUUAAACAAACAAGUCUAAGUUUAAAUAAAGAAUAAAAAAAG